UAGAGAGUUUAUCUUAUAAUAAUAUUAACACAUCGGUAUUCACGAACGGCACUAUAUCUACUAUUUAGUCACCGAAAACAGAUGUUACAAAUUUAAAUAAAUAUUUUUAUCACAAUAAAUUAUAUUCGUGAACACAUUGCCUUUACUUGUUAGUUAUUCUACAGUUUAAUUAUUUUGUUCUGUCUAUAAUAUUAUAUUAUAUAUAGUUACUGUUUGAUAUUAUAGUUUUUAAAACGAAAACAUAACUCUUUAAAUUCAUUAUUAACUAAAUGUUAUAUAAAUUAUAGAUUUUUAUAAUAACUUAGAAACUAAUUAAAACAGAGGAAACCGACUAUAAUACUGAAGUAUACUAAGUGUCGAUGUAUUACCAUUAAACUAUUAUGUGCAUUCCACAAGAGAAGUAUCCGAAUAAAACACUGCUGCAGAAUGAUAGUUCAAACUAUACUUUAUUCUAUAGAAUAUUUCAGUUUAUUGGAUUAUUAUUGAUAUGUUCCGUAUACUAUUGGAUUAUUAAUUAUCGGGGUGGAUUUAGUUUAACUAAAGCUAAAUUAAUACCAAACUGGCAUCCACUGUUCAUGACAAUUGUUUUAAUUUAUUUAUUUGCAAAUGCUAUUCUUCACUAUCGUUCAUUUCGGGAUACAAAACGAAAUUUGAAAAACCAGCAUGCAAUUUUAUUCGGCUCCAUGAUAAUCAUUAUGACAGUUGCUGGUGUAGCUACUUUAGAUUCAAAGCGAUUUAGACCUUUAUUCACCAAUCCUGCGAUUCCUAAUUUAUAUACUUUACACAGUUGGUUAGGAAUUAUUACUAUGGCAAUGAUUCUACUUCAGUUUACAAGUGGAUUCUGGAUUUAUCUAUAUCCCACAACAGCUGUCCGAUAUAGAGAGAUUAUGAUGCCUUAUCACGUGUUUUUCGGUGUUACAAGCUUUGUAUUAGCGAUUGCAUCCGGUGGAUUAGGAUUCUGUGAAAAAAUGAUUUUUUCAUUGUAUAGAGAAUAUGAAAAAUUUCCAGCCGAAGGUAUAAUUGGUAACUGCAUAGGUUUAUUAUGUAUUUUUUACGGUUGUUUAGUGGUUUAUAUGGUCACCAAACCAGAAUUCAAGAGAUGCCCUGCACCAGAAUAUCAGCCCUUAAUCUAGUAUUAGAAAUAUUAUAAUGUUACACACUUUCACUAUAUGGUUGUAACUUGUAAGUGUGUAAUUUGAAACUAAACUUUUAAAAUAAAAUAAUGAUUA